AUGGCGGCCGUGUUGUUCAACGUCGCUAUCAGACAAACCAUGGAAAUAGACGAGGAGGACAUUCCCACUGAAAGCGGACAUCCGUGGGACAAGCUAGACCAGGUCCUAGCGGAUCUAAGCGUUCUACCACAUUUGGAGUUUAUCCAUCUUACGGCUCGCCUUCCAGAUAUUGAAACCUUUGACGACGUCUACGAGGACGGUGUCGAUGGCGAUGACGAAGAUAAAGGCGACGAAGGCGAGUAUAGUGAUGGCGACGACGACGACGACGAGGGGAGGAGGAUAGGCUUAGAGCCGCUGACUGGUUCCAUGGAGAAGUAA